GGCGCGGUGCGGCGCCCCAGCGCCCGGCUCCCGCGAAGCAUGCCCGCCCGCGCCCCGCCGCGCCGCCCGCGGCCUCUGCCGCUUUCGCUGCUGCUGCUGCUGCUGCUGGGCCUGGGCGGCCGCCGCCUGCGCGCCGAGCCCGGCGACGGGGCGCAGACCUGGGCCCGCUUCGCGCAGCCUCCGGCCCCCGAGGCCGCCGGCCUCCUCCACGACACCUUCCCCGACGGCUUCCUCUGGGCCGUGGGCAGCGCCGCCUACCAGACGGAGGGCGGCUGGCGGCAGCACGGCAAGGGCGCGUCCAUCUGGGACACGUUCACCCACCACCCCCCGGCGCCCCCCGGCGCCCCCCCGGUAGCCCGCCCGCCGUCGGGCGCCCCGUCGCCGUCCCCGCCGGCUACCGGGGACGUGGCCAGCGACGGCUACAACAACGUCUUCCGCGACACGGAAGGGCUGCGCGAGCUCGGGGUCACCCACUACCGCUUCUCCAUCUCGUGGGCGCGGGUGCUCCCCAAUGGCAGCGCGGGCGCCCCCAACCGCGAGGGGCUGCGCUACUACCGGCGCCUGCUGGAGCGGCUGCGGGAGCUGGGCGUGCAGCCCGUGGUCACCCUGUACCACUGGGACCUGCCCCAGCGCCUGCAGGACGCCUACGGCGGCUGGGCCAACCGCGCCCUGGCUGACCACUUCAGGGAUUACGCCGAGCUCUGCUUCCGCCACUUCGGCGGCCAGGUCAAGUACUGGAUCACCAUCGACAACCCCUACGUGGUGGCCUGGCACGGCUAUGCCACCGGGCGCCUGGCCCCUGGCGUCCGGGGCAGCGCGCGGCUCGGGUACCUGGUGGCGCACAACCUCCUCCUGGCUCAUGCCAAAAUCUGGCAUCUCUACAAUACUUCCUUCCGUCCAACUCAGGGAGGCCAGGUCUCCAUCGCCCUAAGCUCCCACUGGAUCAAUCCUCGAAGAAUGACCGACCACAGCAUCAAAGAAUGUCAAAAGUCUCUUGACUUUGUACUAGGCUGGUUUGCCAAACCCAUAUUUAUUGAUGGUGACUAUCCUGAGAGCAUGAAGAAUAAUCUUUCACGUCUUCUGCCUGAUUUUACUGAAGCUGAGAAAAAGUUCGUUAAGGGAACAGCUGACUUUUUUGCUCUUUCUUUUGGACCAACCUUGAGUUUUCAACUAUUGGACCCCCACAUGAAGUUCCACCAGUUAGAAUCUCCCAGCCUGAGGCAACUCCUUUCUUGGAUUGACCUUGAAUAUAACCACCCUCAAAUAUUUAUUGUGGAAAAUGGCUGGUUUGUCUCAGGGACCACCAAGAGAGACGACGCCAAAUAUAUGUAUUACCUCAAAAAAUUCGUAAUGGAAACCUUAAAAGCCAUUAGGCUGGAUGGGGUGGACGUCAUUGGGUACACGGCCUGGUCCCUUAUGGAUGGCUUCGAAUGGCACAGAGGUUACAGCAUCAGGCGUGGACUCUUCUAUGUUGACUUUCUAAGCCAGGAUAAGAAACUGUUGCCGAAAUCUUCAGCCUUGUUCUACCAAAAGCUGAUAGAGAAAAAUGGCUUCCCUCCUUUACCUGAAAAUCAACCUCUAGAAGGGACAUUUCCCUGUGACUUUGCUUGGGGAAUUGUUGACAACUACAUUCAAGUGGACACCACUCUGUCUCAGUUUACCGACCCGAACGUUUACCUGUGGGACGUCCACCACAGUAAGAGGCUAAUUAAGGUGGACGGGGUUGUGACCAAGAAGCGGAAGUCCUACUGCGUGGACUUUGCUGCCAUCCGGCCCCAGAUAGCCUUACUCCAGGAGAUGCACGUUUCCCAUUUUCACUUCUCCCUGGACUGGGCCCUGAUCCUGCCGCUGGGCAACCAGUCGCAGGUGAACCACACGGUCCUCGACUACUACCGCUGCGUGGUCAGCGAGCUCGUGCGCGCCAACAUCACCCCGGUGGUGGCGCUCUGGCGACCCGCGGCCCCGCACCAAGGGCUGCCGCGGCCCCUGGCCAAGCACGGAGCCUGGGAGAACCCCCACACCGCCUCGGCUUUUGCAGAGUACGCCCGGCUGUGCUUCAAGGAUCUCGGCCACCACGUCAAGUUCUGGAUCACGAUGGGCGAGCCGUACACACGGAACAUGACCUACAGCGCGGGGCACAAUCUUCUGAAGGCUCACGCGUUGGCCUGGCGCGUGUACGAUGAAAACUUUCGGGGCUCUCAGAAGGGGAAAAUAUCCAUAGCCCUGCAGGCCGACUGGAUAGAGCCGGCCUGCCCUUUCUCCCAAAAGGACAAAGAGGUGGCAGAGAGAGUUUUGGAAUUUGACAUUGGCUGGCUGGCCGAGCCCAUUUUCGGCUCUGGGGAUUAUCCGCGUGUGAUGAGGGACUGGCUCACGCAGAGAAACAAUUUCCUUCUACCUUAUUUCACUGAAGAUGAAAAAAAGCUGAUCCGGGGUUCCUUCGACUUUCUGGCUGUAAGCCAUUACACCACCAUCCUCGUCGACUGGGAAAAAGAAGAUCCAAUGAAAUACAACGAUUACCUGGAGGUGCAGGAAAUGACCGACAUCACGUGGCUCAACUCCCCCAGUCAGGUGGCAGUAGUGCCCUGGGGCUUACGCAAAAUUCUCAACUGGCUGAAGUUGAAGUACGGAGACCUCCCCAUGUAUAUAAUAUCCAACGGCAUAGACGAUGAUCCGCAGGCAGCGCAAGACAAGCUGAGGGUGUAUUACAUGCAAAAUUAUGUAAAUGAAGCUCUGAAAGCCUACAUAUUGGAUGGUGUCAAUCUUUGUGGAUACUUUGCUUAUUCAUUCAAUGAUCGCACAGCUCCAAAGUUUGGCUUCUAUCAUUAUGCUGCAAAUCAGUUUGAGCCCAAACCGUCCAUGAAACAUUAUCGGAAAAUGAUUGACAGCAAUGGCUUCUCGGGUCCUGAAACUCUGGGGAGAUUUUGUCCAGAAGAAUUGACCCUGUGCACCGAAUGUGGCUUUUUUCAUACCCGCAAAUCUUUACUGGCUUUCAUAGCUUUCCUACUUUUUGCUUUUAUUAUUUCUCUUUCUCUGAUUUUUUACUACUCUAAGAAAGGCAAAAGAAGUUACAAGUAGUCCUGACCUUUUUCCUAUUCAUUUACUUUGAAAUGAUUAUGCACACACAUCAGCUGUUCACCAUUUGCACUUCUCAGUGUCGUAAGACUGGAUUUCACUUAUCUGACUUCUAGAAAAAAAAUGUGUGGCGUAUGACAGAG